AUGAUGCAGUCGGGAAUCAACGGCGGAAGCAGCGGACUGCGCUCGGCGGAAGCAGAGGGCGGAGCUUGGCAGCGCGCGCCGAGAACAGGCAAUGGCGUCGGACGUCAGCGUCGGUGGUCGGACGUCGGCAUCGACGGCGGAGUCGGCGUCGGCAGAGGCAUUAGCAGAGACGUUGGCAUCGGACAUCGGCGGUCACUACACCGGCGACGCAACAGCGGCGGUCACGGCCACGGUGGGGCAGUGGCGGCAGUGGUGGAGGCAAUGUCACGGCGCGGCGACAACGGCGGCGGUGGUGGUAGCGACGGCGACGAUGGUAGCGGCGGCAGGCAGGGACAAUGGUCAGAAGCUGCCCCAACUAUUGCAACUGCUAAAGUAUUGUGUUCAGACAGAAAGGAGUCGCCAUAA